AUGGAGAUCACCACUUUGAAGGAGCCAGGUCUGCACCCGGACACCUGCCAGCUGCUGAAGCCAAAGAAAGCUACCAAGCAGCAAGUCCAAGUCCUCCGCGACUUCGUGGAUGGCCCAUUGAACGAAGCCAUGGUUGCUUCGAGUGCGAAGCUUGCCAAAGGUGGCACCAUUCAUGCCCACGAUGUGGUUGUCUUCCAGCAGCAAGACGGACGUUGGGAAGUCGGCCAAGUUUGGUUCCACUUGGAAGUGGGUGCUCAACAGGUCACACUUCUCCAGCGGUGGACUCCCACGGUGAACAAAGCAUCCCACUCUGCGAAAUGCACCAUCGCGAACGAGCAAGGCUUCGUUCCCAUCGACUCCAUCCAGUACCCACUGCCCUCAGACCAAGAGGCCACGGUGCUCAUCCCGUACCAGCUCAACUGCAGGCUGUAA